GCAGGUUUAACUGUUUAGCUGACCGGACGGCAGCACCCUUCUAGACGGCUUCUAGAAGGUGAGUUUUGGAGGCAGUGCAAUGCGCGUCACACACCCUCUUCUGCGGCUCACUGGUACGCUACCUACUCUCCCCGCAUCGCCAUGGCCCAACGCACCUAGCCAAGAAGCUCAAGCUUACUGUGUACCUACUAGUCGGGUGGGCGAGAGAGGAGGUGCGCAACAAAUGGGCAUGGGGGUUGAGGUUGGUGGGUGCCGGUUACAACGCGGGUUGCAGGUGCUUGGACUGCCACUUCCCCCAGAGUGGCCUCACGUACAUGAACCGAUCAUACCUACACUAGGCUCAGGAAGGAAGGAAAUCGAGUGUGGUGCUAAGAUUUCAGGGAGGAAAAACGCGGGGUUGACACCGCUUGGCCACGGGAAGGAUGGGGUGGUUUGCGUCGGCUUCGGCUUUGGGUUUCACGGGAUUCCGCACGGAGAGUAUGAAGGAUGUGAUUAUUUUAUUUUUGGAGAAGACGAGUUGUUGGGGUCCGAGGUGUGCCGGUUUGGGCAAUGGUCAGACUAUUGGGAUGUGUGUCGUGACUUCCCCAGGAAGCAACUCCCAGGCUAAGAUUUGAUGCCAAGGCCACGGAGACUGGCGACCGUUCGAGGACAUGUGACAGCCAAGCCACGGCUCGGAGUGGAAAAGUUAGCUGCACGAUAACGAGGAGGGUCUGGCUGUGAAUGAGCAUUCUGGGAAUAUCCAGGGAUAAUUCAGAAAAUAAGAC